GCUUUAUGGCAAAAUCGUACAAUCUGGUUCAUCAUUUUUCAAAACUGAAGUAUUAAGCGUCGAACUUUCGUAGUUUCUUUUCCUUCAUUGCCAUCUGCAAGAUACCAUACCGAGGCAGCUAAUUAUUUUUUAUUUUAGCCCUCGGUGCGGCACGCUUAACUGGUGGAUGUUAUUGAUUAAAAACAGUACUUUCUCGUUAGUAACUACAUAUUGGGGCAUUAAUUUGCUCGUAUAGUUAUCCCAAAAUCCUUCAUUCUAUCCGUGGAUCAGGAUGAGGAUAUUAUACUGCUUUGCUCUUUUCCUCCUGGUGGCUGGACUGGCGAUAGCUGAGGAUCAAGAUGCUGCUCAAGCACAGAACUCCGACGAGGUCGUCCCCGACCAGUUGAGCGAAGACAGUAACGACGAACUAGAGGAAAAAGCGAUGCCGGAAGUAUCGGACUUGACUGAACGGCAGGCCGCAAUGGCCACUACCACAGCAUACGCCGCUUACGGUUCCAGUUCCGGUCCUCAGACUGGCACAACGGCUCUAGGCUCCGUUACCAGCACCGUCAGUACCAGCACGCCUGCAGUGACCACCACCUAUACUGCUCCAGCGACUACUACUACCGCCACAACAACCACCGUCAGCGCCGGGGGGUCAACCACCACGAUGGGCCCAGGUAGCACCACCACCUAUGCAACGACGACCGGCACGACGGGAACGACAACUGCUAGCUCUGGAGGGUCGACCACCACGAUGGGUCCGGGUAGCACCACCACCUAUGCAACGACGACCGGCACUACCGGAACUACCGCAACUACGACAACCGGCACCACUACCACAGGAACAACGACCACCGGCACCACCACUACUGGGACAACGACUACCGGUACUACCACCACUGGGACAACGACUACCGGCACUACCACCACUGGGACAACAACUACCGGUACUACCACCACUGGAACAACGACUACCGGCACUACCACCACGGGAACAACGACUACCGGUACUACCACCACGGGAACAACGACUACCGGCACUACCACCACGGGAACAACGACUACCGGUACUACCACCACUGGGACAACGACUACCGGUACUACCACCACGGGAACAACGACUACCGGUACUACCACCACUGGAACAACGACUACCGGUACUACCACCACUGGGACAACGACUACCGGCACUACCACCACUGGAACAACGACUACCGGUACUACCACCACUGGGACAACGACUACCGGCACUACCACCACUGGAACAACGACUACCGGUACUACCACCACUGGGACAACGACUACCGGCACUACCACCACUGGAACAACGACUACCGGUACUACCACCACUGGGACAACGACUACCGGCACUACCACCACUGGAACAACGACUACCGGCACGACCACGCAAACGACAACCGGCACCACGACUACCGGUACGACUACCCGAGGUCCCAUGCUGUGCACUCCCAAUGUAUGGCCGGGCAUCGGAAAGAACGGAAUGUGUGCCGGCACCAAUGAUCUCGACAAUCUAUGCUCGCUGUUGGAGAUUGCCUUCUCCGAUGACUGCAAUGGUUUCGAUGGAAACUGGUGUUGCUACCAUCCAGUUGCUACUAGUCCUUCCACCACUGGCACCACGACAACUCGUGGUACCGGAACCACCACACAAUCCACCGGAACAGGAUCGCAACCGACGACGACGCGUCCAACCACGCUGAGCACCAGUGCGUCAGGCAAUACCGCCACUAUGUCACCAGCGAACCGCACGACCACUGUCGCUAUGCCGACCCGCACUUACGGCAACUCCGUGGGAAGUGGAUCAUAUGGGCAAUCGGCCAGCGGUGGCACGUACUAUAACAUGAACUCUGAUUCCGGUUCUAGCAAUAUGAACAGCAAUAGCUACGGUUCCAGUUCGAACAGCGGUUACUCCAAUUCCAACAGCAAUUCCAACAGUGGAUCGUACUCGAGCGACUCCAAUACGAACUCUGGCAGUUCGUAUGGAUCCUCAUCUGGAUCGACUUCGUACGGUAGCAACUCUGGAACAAACAAUAAUAACCGGAUGCAGAUGAUGAAUAAUGGAAUGCGAAAUCAGAAUCGAUUCAGCAACAAUAAUAUGAUGAUGAUGGGCAACAACAACCGCAUGCGAGGCUCCAGUAAUCGCCGACGAGGCGGUCAGCGACGAAAUCGUAAUCGCGGAAGAGGACGCGCCGAGCUGAAUGAAAUGGGCGAAAUGUUGGCGCGGUAGAUACUGACACAGUAUUCUUGUGCGGCAUCGAAACUCUUACUACGACAUAUUCCUGUUAUUUGGAUGAGUCCUGGUGUGGUUAAAUUAUUGCGGAUUUCUUGUCAUAUGUCAGAAAGUCGGUUCUAACUUUUAUGGUCUAUACUAUAUAUCGUAUACCUAAAAUUAUUUUACAGCUUUCGUGUUUUACGUCAAGUACGUUUUUUGUAUAAUUUGUUCGUAUAUGACAAAUAGAUUAAUAUAU